AUGAACGGCUAUCGACAAAUGAAUACAACAUCAAGCAGAAUCUUAACUGAUGUUCCAUGUCGAGUUUGUCAUGAUAAUUCAUCUGGUAAACAUUAUGGAAUAUUUGCAUGCGAUGGAUGUGCAGGAUUUUUUAAACGAUCAAUACGACGAAAUCGCCAAUAUAUAUGUAAAAAUCAUGGUUUAGGCAAUUGUCCUGUCGAUAAAACACAUCGAAAUCAAUGUCGAAGUUGUCGUUUAAGACGUUGUUUAGAAUCUGGAAUGAAUAAAGAAGCUGUUCAACAUGAACGUGGUCCAAGAAAUUCAACAAUAAGAAAACAAAUGGCUUUAUUACUCAAAGAAUCCAAUGAUAUAAUGAAUGCGUAUCAUUUUCAUCGGUAUCAAUCAAUGUCUCUUCAACAACAAUCAACACCCAAAUACCCAACUAUUGAUCAUCAUGAAACAGCUGCUAAAAUCUUAUUCAAUGCUAUUAAUUGGACUAAAACUGUUCCCGCAUUUACAUCAUUAUCCAGCCGUGAUCAAUAUUGUUUACUUGAAGAAAGUUGGCGUGAUUUAUUUAUUCUAACUGCUAUUGAACAACAAUUUACAAUCAAUAUAAAUGAUUUGAUUUAUUCGAAUACAAAAUAUGAAAUAUAUAAAUCUGAUAUUGAAAAUUUUCAAGAAAUAUUAAAUAAAUUUAAACAUAUGAAAAUUGAUUCGAAUGAAUUAAUUUGUGUAAAAAAUUUAGUUUUAUUCAAAACAUAUUUAAAUACUUGUCAAACAAUGAUUAAUUCAAAAUUAAAUGAUAUACAUAAAAUAAAUUAUUUACAAAAUCAAGCACAUAUUCUAUUAAAUACAUAUAUUAAUAAACAAUAUCCAUUAGAAGAAAAUCGUUUUAUAAAACUUAUUACAUUAUUAUCAUCAUUUCGUUUAGUUUCAUCAACAAUGAUUGAAGAAAUUUUUUUUCGUAAAACUAUUGGAGAUAAAACUCAUAUGGAACAACUUGUCAAAGAUAUGUAUACAAUGGUUGUCAAUUCAUAA